UAAAUUUUUUCAUGCGUGUGCAGUCAUUCAAUGUUAUGGUAUAUUGGAGAAUGAACAACAAUGUUGAUUAAAUCAUCAAUAUGUUUGAAUUUGUGUUUAAAUUUCAGUCAGCGAACGUCAGCCCACCGUCACUCCCAAUAAUUCCUGCAUGGCCAAAAAUCUCGACAUACGAGGUGUAACUCCGCACGAAGAUAUCCAAGUAUUCAUUACUCGAUGCCGCCGUUACUUGAAUAAGCUUUACUAUCAUAAAAGUUCGGGUUUGUCUCCGUUACCUAUGCAACCGCCACAACUCCGUAAUUUAGCAAUAGACUUCCUAAGUAGACCUGGAAAUUCUCCAGAGGAUAUCAUCCUCGAUUCUCCAUCCUUCAAUGGAAUUUUGGGGCGAUGCAAUCAUUUAAACCGUGUAUCGUUGAAAAAUUUCGACUUCCACCGAUGGCACUCUUUCUUGGGCUACUUACCGCAUACAAUGACGGAAAUCGACGUAUUCAAUGAGGGAUUUGUUGAAAAUUAUGGGAAUCCGGAUGCAGCCACUCAUAUAGAUCUGAGCCGAUUCAUUAAUUUGCGAGCAUUAACUCUGGUCAAUUUUACGAGCCGCAACAUCCUUUGCGUAAACAAACCUGUGUUACAUAUCCGAGGGAUGAAAAUGCUCGGAAAACUUACACAUCUUCGAUUGCAUGGCGACAUGUGGAUUGAGCAGUUGGAAAACAUCCGAAAUUUGGAGCAUGUGUACAUAAAACAAAACAUUAAUCUUCAGAUUGAUAUCACUACUCUAGUGAAGAAUAAUGACAGGCUCCAAUAUUUGGCCCUUUCAAAUAUAGUGGAUCUCCCGACUCCUGCACUAAAUGCUAUCUCCACCCUGAGAAAUCUUCAAUCCUUAGUUUUUAUAUCGUUGUCUUCCGGAGCAAGAGCCAGAGAAGGUGCAGGGCUAGUGGAUUUAUCUCCGGACCGCAUGACGGGAAUGAAAAAUUUGAAAUAUUUGCACUUUGCAUAUGUCAAUCGAAUCCCGAAGGAAACAUUACAUAGAAUUAUUAUAAACUCUCCGAAGUUGCAAAGAGUCGAUGUACAUAAAAAUUUUCCUGGCCAGAAUGUACAAAUGAUAGAGGCCAUGGAAAAAGGAAGCGUGAAUCGAACCAGUGAAGCUCGGUUGCAAAUUUUUGUAGGGUGUGAUGGACUCAAGAAGGCCAAACGUUUGAAGAACAUCCCACCUUAUAUUGUGCUUGAUGAUGUUCCUCAGUAUGAGAAACUUCCAUCGGAGCAUGAUUUUUGGCACAGGUGGUGGACAGAAGAUCAAUAUUGAUAU